UCCUUGUCCCUUCAUCCCUUUCCACUUAUAUCCAUUUUCCUGACCACAUUUCAAUCCAAAGUCUUACACCCUUUUGUCUCUUUUUCAUCUCUAAACAUUGUCUGCCUAUCUGACAAUCAAAGCCCCCCUCACCUGUAUCCACCUAUCAUGUUCAAGGCUUUGUUCAGCUUUCUCUCUAUUUAGUUUCAGUCUGAAGAAAGGUCCCAACCCAAAAUGGUUGCCUAUCCAUUUCCUCAAGAGAUGCAGCCUGAGUGUGUGCAUGUGUUUUGUUGUUAUUUUAACAGCUCGGUUGAAAAGUAAUUAACGUACAGUAAAGGUUCCAAACCAUAAAUGAAUAGAGCAAACGUCUGAGGGUAUGCCCACUUAAAGCUUUAGUUCUUUGAGAAUUUAGAUGACUUGAGAAGUAUAGAUUUUUAGACUACAAUGGAAUCAAAUGAAAACUCAUCCCAACUGUUUUGAUGGAAGGUUAAUGACUUGAAAUGUUGAUUCAAUGUUUCUGAAAAUGCAUAUCUUUUUUGAAAUUCAAAAUAUUUUGUUUCUGUGUCUUUGAUUUUAUUUAUCUUAUCCUGAUGGGUACCAUUUCUACCAUUAUCCUGCCCCCACCCCAAUGAAUAAUCACCAGGUUUGGAAACUCUUUCGAGGGAAGAGAGGGUGGUUUGUCGUCACAUGUCCCAGACAGAACAAUGGCAGAACAAUUAUUACUUGCAGCUGCACGACAGAAUAUGUAAAAAUAGUACACUGGGCCAGGAGAUAGAAGGAACUGCUGGAAUCUUGAGCAAAACACGUAGUGCUGAAGGAACUCAGUGGGCCAGGCAGCAUCUCUUGAGGACAUAGGCAGACAGGCGACCGUUUUGGGUUUCGGACCCAUCUUCAGACACAUACCAGGCUAGUUUAGUUUUGGAAAUUUAAAUUUAUUCCAUCACAUGCCAAACGUUUAAUUUGCUGUUUCUGAAGAAGUAUUGAAUUCUCAUAGCAUUUCGAAGGUUUACACCGGAGAUAUUUAAGUUCUGCUUUUGACGCCGUUGCUAAGCAUCUAAUUUUUCGAGCAGAAUGUAAAUCGCCGCUGGAACUCAGCGGGUCAGGUAGAAUCUGUGGAGUGAAAUAGACAAGACGACAUUUCGGGUCGGGACCUUUCCUCAGUCUGAAGAAGGGUCCCUACCUGAAACAUCGACUGUCCAUUCCCUCCACAGUCCACACAUGCUAUCUCAAUCUGGCAGUGAGAUCUUUGCUCAGGAUUCCAGCAUCUGCAGUCGCUUGUGUCUCUAGAUUUCCGAUUAGGGUUGAACUGUAACUUUUUGUUUGUAGUUCUUUUGUUGUUUCUGGGAGUUCCAUUGAAACCUAGAGGGAGCCCUUGCUCAGUAGUCGGAAGGCAAGAGAGACGGAAUUAUCAACUUCUAACACCAGAUCAUCCCAAUCUGCUGCUCACUCUUGGCACGACCCACAUGUACACGUGGUGGGACCCAACAGUCUCCUCCCGUCAGUUUCUUCCUCUGAGUUCAGUGGCAGCGAGCUGCCAAUCACAGUGACUUCAUGAGAUACGUCCCGUGUUUUUCAAUGAUUUUUCCCAACCUCCCGGACCCUGGUUCGCCGUCUCCGAUCCAGUGACACGGAGUGAGGACCAGCUUGAGAGUAAAAGGCAAGCGCUGCCCGCACCUUCCCUGGCAGCGGCGCUCCAAUGCGCUGGCACAGCGCGGAGCCGCAGUCCACAGCCGCUCAACUUUAAUGCAGAAACCGAACAAGUUUCUCACACUUGGAAGCGUGCAAUGGAUUACUUACGUGGAGCAUUUUACUGUGUCUUUUUAUUUUUUCUCUGUGCGGACGGCCUCUCUCUAGCCCAGCAUACAGAUCGACUUCAGGAGAAACUAAAGAGCUACGAGUUGGUGACUCCGAGCAGCACAGAUGUGCAGGGCAGGUUUAUGUCCCUGGCUGUGUCAGGAGCCGGCAAACGACGGUCAAAGAGGGACAGCGGGAGUUGUCAGCAAGCUCCGGCCGACGGGCGCUUGUACUACAAUGUCACGCUUCUGGGGCAGAGUUUUCACCUCCGGUUGAAGCUGAACUCGAAGCUGGUGGCACCCGGGGCUACCGUGGAGUGGCAAGACGCCAAUGUCACACGCAAGGAGCCUCUGCGCGGAGACUGCGUCUACUCCGGAGAUAUCACUGAUGUACCAGGGACUUCGGUCGCCAUCAGCAACUGCGAUGGGCUGGCUGGCAUGAUUCGUACAGACAAAGAUGAAUUCUUCAUUGAACCACUGGAGAGAAACAAAGUGGAGGAAGAAGGAGAAAAUGGGAGAGUUCACGUGGUGUAUCGGAGCUCAGCUACCAAAAAAACACUUCCUCCGUCAAUCAGUGAUGUCCAUUUAAAAGGCCCUACACUGAGUGGACUACGUGAUCUGGAGGCCUUAUACCAAGGCAUUGAGCAGCAGAAGAACAGAACCAGGAGAGUGCGGAGACAUGACAGAGACGAUGAUUACAAUAUAGAAGUUCUUCUUGGGGUUGAUGACAACGUGGUGCAAUUCCAUGGGAAAGAGCACGUGCAGGAGUAUCUCCUGACCCUAAUGAACAUAGUUAAUGAGAUUUACCACGAUGAGUCUCUGGGAGCUCACGUCAAUGUUGUGCUGGUGCGAAUAAUCAUGCUGAGUUAUGGAAAGUCUGCUAGCCUGAUUGAAGUUGGAAAUCCCACUCAAAGUCUGGAGAACGUGUGCAGAUGGGCCUAUUCCCAGCUGAAGUCUGAUACGAGUCACGCAGAAUAUCACGAUCAUGCUAUCUUUCUAACAAGGCAAGAUUUUGGGCCAUCGGGAAUGCAAGGUUAUGCCCCAGUUACAGGUAUGUGCCAUCCAGUGCGAAGUUGCACCCUGAAUCAUGAGGAUGGCUUUUCAUCAGCAUUUGUAGUUGCUCACGAGACUGGACAUGUUUUGGGCAUGGAACAUGAUGGCCAAGGCAAUCAUUGUGGAGAUGAGAUCAAAAUGGGAAGCAUCAUGGCACCUUUGGUUCAAGCUGCAUUUCAUCGUUUCCAUUGGUCACGCUGCAGUCAACAGGAGCUGAACCGAUACCUACAUUCCUAUGAUUGUCUUCGUGACGAUCCAUUUGAACACGACUGGCCUUUGCUUCCACAACUUCCCGGCAUUAACUACUCUAUGAAUGAACAAUGCCGCUUUGACUUUGGAGUGGGCUACAUGAUGUGUACAGCAUUCCGCACCUUUGACCCCUGCAAGCAACUGUGGUGUAACCAUCCUGACAAUCCAUACUUCUGCAAAACUAAAAAAGGACCUCCAUUAGAUGGAACAAUGUGUGCUCUUGGCAAGCAUUGCUUCAAAGGUCACUGUAUUUGGCUGACUCCUGACAUACUGCGACAUGAUGGAAAUUGGGGAUCAUGGAGCAAGUUUGGCUCCUGCUCUCGAACCUGUGGAGUUGGUGUACGAUUCCGGACCCGGCAGUGUGAUGACCCAUUACCCUCUAAUGGUGGCCGAGAAUGCUCAGGAUCAAGCUACGACUAUCAGCUUUGUAACACAGAAGACUGCCCUGAGCAUUUUGAAGACUUCAGAGAACGGCAGUGCCGGCAGUGGAAUGGCAACUUUGAAUAUAAUAGCAUGAAGCAUGAGUGGUUGCCAUAUGAGCACCCUGACCCUACCCAGAGGUGCUACCUCACCUGUGAAUCAAAAGAAACUCGGGAAAUAGUCUACAUGAAGAGACUAGUACAUGAUGGAACUCGUUGUUCCUACACAAAUCGCUAUGAUAUUUGUGUUCGAGGUGCUUGUGUGAAAGUGGGCUGUGAUAAAAUACUGGGUUCCAGUAAACAGGAAGACAAGUGUGGAGUAUGUGGUGGAGAAAAUUCUCAAUGCAAAGUGAUCAAGGGAACGUUCUCCAGAGCAGCGAAGAAACCAGGUUAUCUGAAGAUGUUUGAAAUACCAGCUGGAGCAAGUCACUUGUCCAUUCAAGAACUAAGUGCAUCUCCUCAUUUUAUUGUCAUCAAGAACCAAGCCACGGGACUUUUUAUUUUGAAUGGAGAGAAUGAUUUUCCCGAUUCUAAAACUUUCAUUGAAAUGGGCGUAAUUUGGGAGUAUUCCAAUGAUGAUGACAAGGAAUCUUUACAAACUAUUGGACCCCUUCGCGAUGGAAUAGUAGUGCUGAUGAUGCCUAGCGAUAAUGCCAAAACUUCCCUGACAUAUAAAUACACAAUUCAUGAGGACUAUUUGGCUACUAUGACCAAUGAAGUUUUGCAAGAAGACAUGGCUACAUUUGAAUGGGCUUUGAAGAGAUGGUCCCAGUGCUCCAAACACUGUGGAGGAGGUUCGCAGUUUACACGAUACGGCUGUCGCAGGAAGGCCGAUUCCAAGAUGAUUCACCGAAAUUUCUGUGAAGGAAGAAAAAAACCGAAGCCGAUUCGCCGAAUGUGCAACUUGCAGGAGUGCUCCCAGCCUGUGUGGAUUACAGGGCAAUGGGAGGCAUGUACCAGACCAUGUGGCAAAUCUGGAUAUUCAAUCCGGUCUGUGUGGUGCGUCCAACCACUGCACGAUGGCACCAAUCGUUCAGUGCACAGCAAAUAUUGCAUUGAGGAUCGGCCUGAUACUAGAAAACCUUGUAAUCGAGAGCUCUGUCCUGCACAGUGGAGAAUAGGAGAUUGGUCACAGUGCACAGUGACUUGUGGAAACGGGACACAAGAGAGACUGGCCGUGUGCCGAACAAGGGACAAUAUGAUCGGGCAAUGUGAAGACGAAAAGCCAGAAACAAUACGUGUGUGUAGAAUGAUCCUGUGUCACAAAAACUCCUCACAGCAAACAUCACUUACUUCCACCAAUGGAAAAUCCAUAAUCCAAUGGCUCUCGCGUCCAGAUCCAGAAUAUCCCAUUCGGAAAAUUUUGACACAAGCAAAUUGUCACGGGGACAAGUCAAUUUUCUGCAGUAUGGAUAUACUCUCCCGGUAUUGUUCCUUUCCUAACUACAACAAGCUCUGUUGCAAGUCCUGCAAUUCACUGUCUCAACUGAUUACAAAUAAGACCAAUAACACAGAUACUCUGCAGCGUCCUGUUCCAACAACAUUGCCUGAGACCACAAGGAAGCCAAGGGUUGUUACCUCUCACAAAUUAAAUGCAACUCAGGAAAGUGCUGAGAAAAAUGCAGUUCGACAGACACACAAGAGAAAAAAUGGUAACAGUAACAUACAACGAAAUAAAGUUAUAAUUCCAAGACGUCCUAAUUUAGUCAGCAACCACAGACUCCAAUUUCUGCUUGACCAGAAUAGAAAGGAAAUGCUGAACAAUUCCUCAGACAAAGAUGUUUCAUCCGUAAAGGACAACCGUUUACCUCAUGCGGAGAAUUGAGUAUGGAUCAUUUGCCAAUGAACAACGGAAGGGAAAUAUUAUAAAGUGCCUCACCUGCUCUAUGACAAAAACUGGACUGGAACUGAAUGGCAGACUUUAUUCAUCAAUACAUUUAUAAUGAAAGCACUUCGAAUUUUAGUAAUCAAUGUUGUAGAAUGUUCAGCAUGGAGCAUAUGUCUCACAGCUUUGGCAGGCUGCAAUCACAGCAUACGCACAUACCUGCGUGCUCUUUCCAUCCUUGUACCUUGUAAACCUCUAUAAUUAAGAUACAAGAGAUUGCAGAUUUUGGAUUCUUGAGCUUGGAGGAACUCAGCGCGUUAGGCAGCAUCUGUGGAAAGAAAUGGACAGACAAUGUUUAAGACUGAAAAAGGGCCCCAAUGCAAAAUGCUCUGACAAUUUCCCUCCACAGAUGCUGCUUGGCCCUCUGAGCUCAUCCAGCAGUUUGUUUCUCCCACCUCAUCUUAUAAUCUUUUUCCCCAAAAUCAGUUGUGGAUUCCUGGUGCUAAUUUCCUCUUUGUAGCUCAGUGUUUCAUGAUGUGGUAUUUAACAUAUUUGCAGCAUUUUUUUGAAAUUGCAAUCAAUUUUCUCAAAUAAUGGUGCUGAAUAUUCACUACAUACUGUAUUAUUGACAUGUAAGAUGGGUCUUCUCAGGUCUUUGGUACCCACAUGGAAUAUUUUCUCAGAUUCAAAUUGUUCAAAUUGUGUCUGUAUGAUUACAUAAGGUAAAAAUCACGUAUUAUUAACAUUGAAAGCAUAUUAACAUUGAAAACAUAUGUGCAUAGAAUCCUUUUGGUGAUGAAAAUUCACUUCCUAAAUUUCAAAAUAUAUGAUGCUGAAUGUUUUAUGUGUAUUUUUCAACCCGAACAAAUUGUAGAACAUGAAAAAUCUGUUUAAAAAAAAUAUUUAAUAAUGUUUGUGCUUGGAUGAAAUUACAUGAUAAUUUGCACUACCAUACAAAAUUCUAAAUAUUUGUUUUUGAUAGAAAAAGAUUAUUCCAAUAAGCUAUAAGGGACUAAAGGAAUUGCUGAAGCAAACUACAGCACUUAGAAACAUAGAUAAUAGGUGCAGGACUAGGCCAUUCAGCCCUUCGAGCCAGCACCGCCAUUCAAUAUGAUCAUGGCUGAUCAUCCAAAAUCAGUACCCCGUUCCUGCUUUCUCCCCAUAGCCCUUGAUUCCUUUAGCCCUUAGAGGUAUAUCUAACUCUCUCUUGAAUACAUCCAGUGCAGUGACCUCCACUGCCUUCUGUGGCAGAGAAUUCCACAGAUUCACAACUCUCUGGGUGAAAACGUUUUUUCUCAUCUCAGUCCAAAAUGGCCUUCCCCUUAUUCUUAAAACGCGACCCCUGGUUCUGGAUCCUCCCCAACAUCGGAAACAUUUUUCCUGCACCUAGCCUGUCCAAUCCCUUAAGAAUUUUAUAUGUUCCUAUAAGAUGCCCUCUCAUCCUUCUAAAUGUCAGUGAAUAUAAGCCCAGUCGAUCCAUUCUUUCACCUUAUGUCAACAGAAAAGAUGGUAGAUGGAAGGCAAGUCCUCAAUAAUUAUUACAAUUAGCAAGUUUCUAUGCAAUGUCAAAACUUCAGGUUUAAAAUAGCCUAGAAACAUUGCACGAUUGAUUUGCAUUUUCAGUCAUUCCAUUUGAAUUCAGAGCUGUUAGCCUGCUAACCCCUUCUCAUCUUCUAAUUUUUUUUAAGAUAGACUAAACUUCAGCAUUUAAAGUAUUACUCUUUUCACCAUAUAUUUUGCAUCAUUUAUAAACUGAUGUAAUAUUUCUUAUGGCUAUACUCAAAGCAUCUUUUCUCAAAAUGUAAGAUCACCUGGUUAGUCACGCUGACCAUAAGUUCCAAGUCUCGUUAGAUUUCUCCAGGUUAGUUACAUCUUUGUGAUGUUUCCACCACUUCUAAAUUGAGGGCAACUGGUUUCAGAACAAAAUGAUCAUUAUCAAGAAGUAGCGAUUACAUAUUUAACAGAUGGCUUGUUCUUAUGUUAAAGACUAUUAUUUGAAAAAUAACUAUGCCACAUGGUAGACAUACAAGAAUUGUCACCAUCUGGAUUCUACAUUUAAUUGCAUUCUUACAAAAACAAAUGUUGUACCCAAGUCAAAAUGGUGAAUUUACUGAAAGGGGUGAAGUUAGUCAACAUCUAAAAAUGAUUCAAUCUUUCCAGCUAUUGGGAAAUCGUGGAAACAUCAUCAAAGAUGAUAUGAAACUGAUGUGAUGGGCCUGGGUCUUUAAAUAAAAAGGGUCUGUAUCUCAGGAUGAGACCCUACAUCUCUACACGUCUCACUUGAAGGAUAAGCCCAUUUUGGUCAGACAUGUACUGAUUGCUAUAUACCUUUACAGCACAAUGUACAUGCCAGAUGUAGGCUUAAGUGCUUUUCUAUAGUUCAAAGCAACAUGAAUGUCAGAUUAUCCAAGAAAAAAACAAACUCCUUGCAAAUCACUUCCAAAAACAGGCAGCAUCUAAAAACAACCCAGUUGCUCACUGAAAUCCAUUGGUUUAAUUAAAGGUUGCUUUCAGCUUCAUAAAAAGCUAAUUCAAAAUUUCCGGGUUACGUACUUAACGUCACAUUCAUAACCCUCUUAUUCCCAACUUGAAACAGAUUUGACAAAAUGAGUACACCGUGUCAUUAAAUGUUCUGUUGUGUACUCAAUGCAGACAUUGUACUUUAAUGUGUAAAAAUGAUUUGUAAGUUGUGACCCAAUGCUUUGUGCUUCACUGCAUAUAUUAAUUUUCUCAUUAACUACUGGCCUUAACUGUAUGUAUGAAUAGCAUCACCUGCACCAAUUACACUUACAAUUACUACAGCAGCUCCACUGAAGAGUCUCUUUUGUACAUAAUUUGUAUAUAAGAGUUAGAUAUUUAUUUUUACUAUUUAUUAAACUUGAACGUUUGUGGCAUUUUGU